AUGAAUUUCCAAGCUGGUGCUCGGAAUCCUUCUCCAUCCUCUUCAUUAUCUUCAUCAAUGAGUUUUGUUCAAUCUCAUUAUCAAAACGAUGCUUUCUAUAACGAUGAUUUAUCGAGUUAUUCUUAUAAGUCAAGUCAGAAAUUAAAACAUCACCAAAGAGUUCAGGAUCCUACUAUUGAACUUUCUUCCAAAUUGGAAUCAGCAGCUAUGACAAAGAAUCCAUUGUUAAUUACGAAGACAGCAUCUUUGUCCUACUCGUCUACAGAUGAUGAUUCUUUAAAUCAGUCAAAAAAAGUUCGACCGUUAGGCACGUGUGUACGAAAAUGUUUAGUAUGUAAACAACUGAAACGUAUAAUAUUGGCAGAAUGUUGUAAAUGUUCCCGAAUUAUUGACCUGGAUCUAAUGGAUUGUUCAUGUUUGGUUAAAAAUAAUCUAGAAAACUUUGUUUGUACAGUAUGUAAUACAAAAUUAACAUUAAACGGUUAUUUGAUCUGUGUAAAUCGUGUUUGUCAAACAACUAUUUCGGCCAUACCAACAGAAAAAUUUUCAAGUAAUAACUCAAUUAUAUCUGGUCAACAAUCAGCGAUAGGCUAUAUCUGUUAUCCAAAAGCUGGUUUAAGAACAAUAGCAAUAAAUGCAAACACACUGAAUUAUCAUCAUCGUGAAUAUUCAUCAUCAUCAGCAGUUGAUUCUGUUAGUAUCACAAAAGAAAAUCGAGAGUUCAUUCCCAAUAUGAUCAGUAUCAAAGACUGUCUGAGUGGAUGUACUUCUGAAAUUGAUUAUUCAUCAUUAUCGUCAACAAGAACUGCAACAAGCUCAAAAUCUCGAAUGUGUGUACACUGUCCAAAAAUGUUUAAUAGAAAUGCAUAUGAUUCGAAUAAAUCACCAUUGGAAUCGGAACGACAGCAAAAAAGUACUUUAAAAUCGAUCGACUUAUCAACAUCAAGAAAUGGCCCUAGGCCGCCAAAUUGUUCGACAAUUCAAGAUCGAUUAAAUAGGCAAUGUCAACGUUAUUCGUCGAAAUUAUCAAAAAUGUAUAAUCAUCAAUCCUCACAAACCCAACAUGGGUGUCUAACGAAUAUAGAAGAAAAUAUCACAUGCGACACUGUAACAUCUGCAGUUAUUAUGAGAAAAGUGGAUGAAACAAAAUAUGAAAGACAAUUGCAAGUGAACACAUUGUCGGAAAAUCUCGAAAACACAUGUAAAACCAAUUCAGAAAUUGAUAUUAGUAUCAAUGUAGAAUCACCAAGAGUAAAGCAUCGGAGAAUCGAACAGCAACCGUCACCUAUUACUGAUAAAUCAUUAAGCGCUUUUGAAAGACAACUGUUAGAUGCCAUUACAGAUCGAGAUGGUCAAAAAUGGGUAGAAUAUGUUAGUCAACUGAAAACUCAAACGAUUUCAUCAACAAGUGAACUGGUUAGAAUAUCAAUUGAAGCAACAGCAAAAUUGUUUCAUAAUAAAAACAUUAAAGAUUUAACAAUGGGUCAAAUAAGACGAAAACUUCGAUCAUUGAUGUUACAAUUAGACGCAAAUGACGAAGAUUUAGUCCACCGCAUUGAGCAACAAUUCACAGAAGAUUUAACAUCGAUAAAAUCAGGAAUAAUGAUGAAAAAUCAAUCAGAUGCCAGAAAAAUUUCACUACAAUCAUUCAACGUCAAAAGUGAUAAACAUCCUAUUACUGCUGUGAGAAAUAUCGUCGAUGAUAAAUAUGAGAAAAUCGAUCGUGAUACUUCACAAAUAUGUGAAAAUAAAAGAAUGACCACAGCGAUUGGAACAGAUCACAAUAGCAAGAAAGAACCAGCCAUAGAUACAGAAAUUACUGUGACCAGAAUUCCAACACUUCAUAAAUAUUUCGGAGACGAAGAGAAUAAAUUAAAAAUACGAACGGCUGAUGAAACGUUAAAAUGUUUAUCUGAAACGUUGGAAUUUCGUAAUAGUCAAGCAGACGUUAUCGAAAGAUCAUUGCCUGCAAAGCCGAUACAAAGUCCAAUCUCUAGUUCAUCCAUAUCAUCGAAGUUGAAGUCAGUUGAAUUUAUCACACAAGACAAAUUAAAAUCAGUUAGAGACAUAAAGUCAAGAAAAGAUGAAGGGGAAGAUCAAAAACCACUGUUCACUCGAGCAGAAGAUGUUUUUAAGAAACGUUUAACUAAUAUUAGUGACUUAGAAUGUCUGAAAACUUCACAAGAACAAAUUGAACAAAUGAAGUCAAGAGAAAAACAAACGGAUUACAAGAAAAAGGAUGCAUUUGAUGAGAAAUCACAAAUUAGUAGAGAUAUUGAUGAGUUAACAAAAGUAAUUAUAGAAGAACCGUCAAUUAAACAAAAUGAAGAAGAAAUCAAAUCUUUCAACACUCUAAACAAAAGUUCUAUAUCAGAAAUUAGGCAGCUAUCGGAUAUAAAAAUCAGCGAAGAGAAAAUGGCUGCUACCAAAGAUUUGUCCCCAGAUGACAAUGCAUCACCAAGAACAAAUGUAUUGGUACACGAUAUAAUAAAUCUGGAAACAAUAAGUCUCAAAAUUGGUGAGCGCCACAUGGAAAUUCUCUCUUAA